AUGCACUUGAAACUCAACGAUGAAAGCUCGCCGUCAACGGUGGCAGGGACAACGGCAACGACAUCGGGACGAAGCAGUUGGGAUGGCAACGAUGGCAGCGGAUCCGGAUCGGGAUCCAGACCCGACUCACUGCUAACAUCCUCGACAGCAUCGCUGCAACCGCAAGAGCCGGAGGAAUACUCCCGGAGGUCGGGACCCGGACUGCUGCUCUUCCCGGGUACCGCGCAAAGAAAUCCGCAUAAUACCACUGGCAAAACAAUUGCAAAAGCUAAUGACGACAACGGAACCAUUAAUCAGACGGCUCCCGUCCGGAGCAUUCGCAGUUUUCGGCGACCACCCUUGUGGCAGCCGCCGUCAAAGGAUCCGCGCCACGUGGGGAAAGGGCCGGAGGAGCAGGACGAACGCCCCGAUGAGACGGCGAGGGAUCGUCGAGGGGCCUGCCUGGCCAAAGUGCAGGCCUUUAUAAUCGAGUUCCUGCAGGGCUCCUCCAUACACGGCUUCAUUUAUUUGGCCAAACUAGGCCUGAAUUUCAUCGAACGGAUGCUUUGGUUUGCCUUUAUCUGCGUGGCUCUCUUCAGCAUCAUAUCCUUGAGCAAACGGACUUGGCAUCGCUUCCAGACCUCUCCCAUGGUCAUAUCCAUGGAUCGGAACAAGCUGGUGUGGAACACUAGCUUUCCCUCGCUGACGGUGUGUCCGCACAAGAGAAUCGACGAACUGAAGGUCGAGGAGUAUAUCCUCACCCAUCCGGAGCAGUUUGAGUCCGAGGAGGAUCAAGAGGAUUUCCGUGAUUUUAUUGUGAAACUUGCCAGCCUCACAUACGACAACUUGGAGACCUUGCCGCUGAACAAGUCGUAUGGGAUACCCAGCUCCAAGUACUUGGAUCUGCUCUACGAACUGAAGUGGCCCUUCGAACCGGAAAUCAGCAGCGGCGCCGCCGUCAAAAUGUUCAUAUACGAGACGCAAACGGAGUUUGGCAUUUGCCACUCCGUCAACUCGUUGGUGGCGCGCUACAAUUCCUUUGACUACUGGCGCUCCGGCGAUUGGAGCCUGAUGGACCACGGGGAUCGGGUCACGGUGCAUCCCCUGGACGGCGAGAUCUACGCCCAGAUUAUCAACCUUUCAACAGCCUACGACGUGUACUUCCACGGAGCCGGCGAUGUCCCCAGCAUAUCCAAGCAGCGGUACACCUUUCCGGAGAGUGACUACACCACGGUGGAGCUAAUAGCCCUGGAGAUCUACACCAACGAGGAGGCCAGAGCUUUCAACACCAAGCAGAGGAGCUGCCGCUUCAACUACGAGGCGGAGGACAUGCUGACGGUGCCCAUCUACAGCUUCGGGCUCUGUCUCUCCGAAUGCCGGCUCUUCUUCGCCCUCCGUGUCUGCGGCUGCAUUCCACACUUCUACCGGAACCGCUUGCGAAAUGGACGGAAGCUGCCGGUUUGCGGACUCGAGGGUAUCGGAUGCCUGGUCAAAGUUAAACGCGAGAUAAUCUCCUUGAAGUCGGACAAGUACAAAAUCAAUUGCAACUGCUUGGCCAACUGCGAUGACUCCAACUUCUUCGUCCAAUCCUAUCGUUCGCGUGUCUGGUUCCUGGGAGCUAAUCUGCAAUGGGGCAUAAUUGAUUAUCCGAAAAUGCAACUGCGCCGGGACGUCCUCUUCUCCUUUGCCGAUGUUUUGGUCUAUAUAGGAGGCCUGGUUGGUUUCUUCUUGGGCUGCAGUGCCUUGAGCUUUACUGAAAUAGUCUACUACUUCACUGCCAGAUUUGUGCGUCGAAUGUUUUUUAAUUAA